UGCCGGUCGGCGUGUCCACCACUUUGUGGCCUGAACUGUGUAGCCGUCUUUCCUUCUCAAUCAACACACUAUUCAACACUAAACGACGCCCGCUCCAACGUAGCUUCACCACAACAAUUGCCAGCAUGUCCGCCCCUUACAAGUCCAUUUCGACCGACCAGGCUCCCAGCGCCAUCGGCCCUUACUGCCAGGCCACGGUCCACAACGGCACCAUCUACUGCUCGGGCAACAUCCCCUUUGACCCCAAGACGAUGCAGACCGUCGAGGGCGGCGUUGAGGCUCAGACUCAGCAAGCCAUGACCAACCUCCUCAACGUCAUCCAGGCCGCUGGAGGCGACAAGUCUACUAUCCUCAAGACGACCGUCUUUAUCAAGGACAUGAACGACUUUGCCAAAAUCAACGCUGUCUACGAGAAGAACCUGGCCCCCUACAAGCCCGCCCGCUCCGCUGUCGAGGUCGCUCGUCUUCCCAAGGACGUCCUCGUCGAGGUUGAGUGCAUUGCCACCGUCAAGGCUUAGAAACUUGCGUUGCAAUGACCAAGAUACAAUUGAAGAAGACAUAUUCUGCCUCCAUGAUCAUCGUCGGUAUGCCCGCUCGCUCGCUUGCGUGAGGCGCCUUAUCA